AUGUCGCUCUCACGUAGCAGCUCCAAGGCCAAGGCUGCAUCUCCGUCUUCUGCAGAUUUCGAAGCGCAGGUUGAUGUGGCUGAAAAACGACACGCAACGGAAGCCGCAGACUUGACUUCUGCGGGUUUCGACUUGACAGCCUACAACAACUCCCUGAACGCAGAGCGUCCGUCGCUUGUACGUACAAGUUCGCCUUCUUCAGACGACGGUGGUGCUCCGGCAGAAAAUCUUGUUCCCGUCGCGCUCGACUCUCCAGGUGCAGUCCUCGCAGAAUCUUCCACCUCAACCUUUGCGCCAAAGUGCUCAAGCAGCGAUCCCCUUACACCAGCUCGCUCUAUCUCACAUACAAUCGCAGAGGAUCCGUUUGAGGACAAGUGGGUCCCGGCGAGCACUUCAACUGUCACGCCCUACCUGCAAGUCGACAAUUCUGCCACUGAGGUCCGUCGCAAUCCACACUCGAUUGCUCAGACUGCCUCCGAAGAAGAAACUAUCGCAGCCGAGUCGCCCACUCCGAUCGCAACAUCUCCACCUUCAACUGCAACCGCUGCUCCAGACGAAGCCACAUCAUCCCCUUUCGACCUAGUCAUCAUGCCGAAGAGACGCGCGGAAGACGAGCAAGCUCGCCCUGCUGGCGCUCUCGCAAGCGCUCCGGUGGAGACUACAGUCAAGAUCAAGGGACGCAAGCUCCGCAAGACCAAGCCAAAAGACGCUACCUCCGAGGAGGCCUCCCACCGCACCAAGCGCCAGAAGCGUAUCGAUGCUGCCGCCGCUGCUGUUCCUGACUCGAGUUCUGAUGACGAUGCUUCUGUCAACACCGACCAAUCCCUCGAAGUCGCCGCGCUGCGCUUCCGGUGCGAAUCUCUCGCUAAGAACAACGCUGCGCUCGCCAAAGAGAACACCACCCUUCGAAAGCGAGUGUCCGAGCUCAAGGGAUGCGAAGACAAGGCAUUGGAGCUAGAAACAGCUUGGAUGGGACUAGGCCGCCGUAUCGAGAUUUUAGAGGCGGAGGCUGAGGAGCUGGAAGCAGCGAAGGACGUCUUGGAGGAGGAAUUGCAGCGCCUACGGGCCACGAGUGAAUAG